CCUGUCAGGACCCGGGAGGUGGGAGCCCAUACCGGCCUAUUACUGACAUGCACAGCUGAGCCGUGCCGUGUACCACACAAUGACAGGCGUCAGCCCCAGCGUCAGUGUGGAACAUUAGUUCACAUUGUCACGAAUACCGCUGCCUUGUCGUGGAAACCGGAAGUGAGUGUUCCCGUGUUGCCGGAAGUGGUGUCGGUGUUUCUUUAUUUACAGCACGGAAAGAUGGCAAUGCGACCGGGAGCCGGGGGAACCGGCAGCGGCAGCUUUGUGUUUCCGUUGGCUACUGGAAUCGGAUCAUCUCAAGGUUUGAUGGCAAUGCAGCAGCAGUCGGCUCGUUUUCCUAUGGUACCUGUAAUGCAACCAAAUGUGCAAAAUAUGAUGGCUGUUGGAUACAGCCCUCAGAUUCCCACAGCAGCCAUGACUAUGCAGGGUGGAUUACCAAUGGGUCCAAUGCAGCCUACUCAAAUGACUUUUGUAGGACAGGCUAGAUUUAUAGGAAUGGGUCCUCCAGGUCCAGCCUACACUCCUGACAUGCAGAAACAAUUUGUUGAAGAACAACAAAAAAGGUUUGAACAGCAGCAAAAAAUGUUAGAAGAAGAAAGAAAACGGCGUCAAUUUGAAGAACAGAAGCAGAAAUUAAGAUUGCUAAGCAGUGUGAAACCCAAGACCAUAGAAAAAUGCAGAGAUGAUGCAAUGGAAGCCAUUAGGGGAAAUUUGGAUGGCUUUUCCAGAGAUGCAAAAAUGCACCCACCACCUGUAUUACAUGCCCGGAAACCAGUUAAUGUUACAAUGUUUUCAAAACCAGAUGCCAUUGAGCCAAUGCUGCCUUCUUGGAUUUACAAUGACAGUCUUGUACCAGAUCUUUACAAAAGUAUUUUAGAAUCAACGCUUUCCACGUCAGGAAUUGACACAGCCAAGUUGUAUCCAAUUCUUCUGUCCUCUGGGCUUCCUCGGGAAACUUUAGGGCAGAUUUGGGCAAUGGCAAAUAAGACAACCCCUGGAAAACUUACAAAAGAAGAACUCUACAUUGUCCUUGCUAUGAUUGGCAUUGUACAGCAGAGAGGAGACUGUGCCUUGAAUAUGGAUCUGCUGAAUCAUUUUACAUCUGCACCUAUACCAAGGUUAAAUGGCUUCCCGGCAACUUUUCAAAGCACCGUGGAUAAACUGCAUGCAACACCAUCAAGGCCUUCUGGGGCUAAACCUCUUGAAAUUAACCAGCCAACAGUUACAUUGAAGAAUACAUCAACUGCUUUUGGUGAUGCUUCACAGAACACUUUCAUGCCAUCCUCAUUCACCCAGCCGGUUUUUAAAGCAGAUGAUGAUGAUUUUCAGGAUUUUCAAGAAGCUUCGAAAUCUGGACCUAUUGAUGAUUCUUUCUCUGAUUUCCAGAGUAAUAAUAGUAUGUUAACCACCUCUUCUUAUAGCAGUUCACCCACUCCACUUAACAUGUCAGUGUUGGGAACAGCAGCAAAAACCUCGACUGAUAAGUAUGCUGUAUUUAAAACCCUCACCGUGAAUAGCAACAUAGAAGCCACCAGUCACUUUACCGGAGAUGGUUUCGCAGACUUCAGAUCUGGAGCUGAUGAUGGUUUCACAGAUUUUAAGACUGCAGACAGCAUUUCUCCACUGGAUACUCCGUUGAGAGAAACCCAGUCAGCGCUUACAUUCCCCACUUGUCCUCAACAGAAACCGCAAACACAAUUAAAACCAUUCUCUGAUCUUGAUGCACUUUCUUCAGUGACAAAUAACUUUCCCACUCCAUUUCAUUUAUCCAAGCCUGUACCAUUACCUGUACCCCCACAUUCAUUGUCAUCUCAAUCACCAUUGUUACCGUCAUCUACGUUUGUCACUGCGCCUCCUAAAAGUUCCUCACUGCUUGAUGACUUUGGAGACUUCACGCUCUUUGGACCAUCUACCAGUACUACAUCUUCUAAUGGACAAAAUGACUUUGCUGAUUUUUUGACAAGUAAUACCAGUUCUGUUGAGAAAAACCGUGAUGACAAAUAUAGUGUUUUUAAACUGGAAGCCAGUGCGGCUGACCCAGUAGUAUCUGCGGCUGCUUCCCAAAGCCUUCAAGCCAGGUCUUCAAAUAAUUCCUACUUAUUAAAUGAGCUUGAUCAACUUUCUCUGGAAAGUUCUUCAACGACAUUUGAUGAAACAAAGGAUUCAACAAAUGUUCCAAAAAAUGACUUUACGUUCCAGUAUGACAAAUUCACCACUGCAGACAACAAUUCGGAAAAGUCUUUUGUGGAUAAGUUUGUUGGUCUUAAACAAGCCAAAGAGGACUCGAUGUCUAUUAAGUCGCUGGAUCUCCCUUCUAUCGGUGGCAGCAGCUUUGGAAAAGAGGACUCUGAAGAUGCACUUUCCAUCCAGUUUGACAUGAAGCUAUCAGAUAUGGGCGGGGAAUUGAAGCAUGUUAUGUCUGAUAGUUCUCUGGAUUUGCCAACGGUUAGUGGUCAGCAUCCACCUGCGGCAGAUGAGUAUAAAGGCUCGAAUGACAACAAUUGCUCCUUACUAAGCAGUAUAACAAUUUCUGACUGGUCAGAGAAGGACAUCGUACACACAACCGAAAAACAGCCUGACUUUUUUUUCAGCCCUGAUCAUAGUGCAGGCUCUUCUACAACUUUGUUUGCAAAAAAAGAAACCUCAUUUGGAAGUACUGAAAAUCUUACUAUGACCACCAUAUCAAAGGUUACUACUUUUUCUAGUGAUAUAAAGGCUUCAGAGAAUGGCUUAUCUGAAACUGCAAGCCUAGAAGGAUGCACAGAAACCAUGAACAUUGACCCAUUAAGUGGGCUUAGUAUUUCUUCAAUUCCGCUGGGACAUAAUGCCGAAGCAAUUACCAGGUCAGACCCCUCUGUUGCUUCAGAACUUCGAAAUGAUGAUUUUGGCGAAUUCCAAAGUGAAAAACCCAAAAUAAGUAAAUUUGACUUUCUGUUGGCCACUUCUCAAGGAAAGAUGAAAUCAAGUGAAGAAAUGAUCAAGACAGAGCUUGAAACUUUGGGUCUUUGUGCUCAAGGAUCACAUAAGAGGAGCCAUAGUCUUGGAGAUAAAGAAAUAAAUCGAAUCCCACCUACAAUUGAGCAACCUUUUAGAGACCGUUCUCAAACGGUUACUGAGAAAUCUACAUUACCUGUGAUCAGAGACAAGUACAAAGAUCUCACAGGAGAAGUAGAGGAGAGUGAAAGAUAUGCGUAUGAAUGGCAACGUUGCUUAGAAAGUGCUCUACAGGUUAUUAAGAAAGCUAAUGAUGCUCUCAAUGGAAUCAGCAGCUCUUCUGUUUGUACCGAAGUUAUCCACUCUGCUCAUGGAAUGGAAUAUCUGUUAGGUGUGAUUGAGGUGUACAGGGUAACUAAGCGAGUUGAACUGGGUAUAAAAUCUACCGCUGUAUGCAGUGAGAAACUGCAAUUGUUGCUUAAAGAUAUUGACAAACUAUGGAACAACCUGAUAGGAUUCAUGUCACUAGCCUCCCUGAUGCCAGAUGAAAGUGCAUUAGAUUUUGCAUCUUGUAUGCUGAGACCAGGAAUAAAAAAUGCUCAAGAACUAGCAUGUGGUGUGUGUUUGCUAAACGUUGACUCUCGAAGCAAGGCAUUUAAUUCAGAAAAUGAUCAUUUUAAACUUUCCUAUGGAGGCCACCAGUAUCAUGCGAGCUGUGCAAAUUUCUGGAUUAACUGUGUUGAACCUAAACCUCCUGGCCUUUUACUGCCUGAUUUAUUGUAAUUUAUAGUGACUUUUUUUAAGCAUAUGUGGCAUGACUUCAGAGACCUCUAGAAAGUAAGCCAUUCUUCAUCUAGCUUAAAAUAACACUUAAACUAGGAGAAUGAUUGAAGAAUUCUGUAAAAUGAAGAGGCCUAGUACUCGGCACUGCCAGUUUCAUCCCAUCUUUAUUAUACAUUCCUUUUUAUUUCUGACUUUUACUUGUGUUGUAAACGGUUUUAAUGUUUGUUUUAUUUAUUGAAAACUAUUGAUUGCUGAACUAAAGUAAAAUUGUGUAUGAAGUAAUGCUGAAAAGAUGUAUGGAGCCUAGAUAAAUUCCAUAUUUCUAUAUGAAAAUAGGAUUAAAAAAAAGUAGCUUUUGUUUUUAACCACUAAAAGGACACCUGUCAGCUGGAUUUCUUCUGUAUUUUAUCUCUAUUAAAAACUGCUUGUAAAACAUCUGUCACUCAUGGCUGCAGGUGGUGAGAAGCAGAGGCUUCAUGAAUACAGGAAACCCUGGUUAUGCGUCUGCUGUAUUAUUUUGCAUCAUCAAAGUACAAAAAAAAAAAAGCUUCCUAACAAAGUGUGAAUGGAUGUCCACUGUAAAUCACCUAUACCCCAAGAGACAAAAUGGCACUUUGCACCACAGACUCUCUACAUACUUAAAAGGAGUUCUGUAGGUGUUCCCUGCAAUCUCCUGAACAGAGCCCUGGCAGUCUGCUGGAAGAGGGUGUGCCGACCCCCGCAAGGAGAGCCGAAAUAGCGCGAGGCAGAGACUGCCAAAUGCAGCACACCGACUGGCUCUCCCAUAGAGGGGGCAUGUCGGCUGCCGCCUCAUGCAGUGGUCGGACAUGCCCCUUGCCGCUGACUGCCGGGCAAGCUAAUCCUUCCAGUGCUGCUGUAUGUUCCACAGGAAGUGCUUUUCUUUUUUGAAUUUAUUUUCUGUCUGACCACAGUGCUGUCUGCUGAUACCUAUUUCCAUGUCAGGAACUGUCCAGAGCAGGAUCGGUUUGCUAGGUGGAAUUUCUCCUGCUCUGGACAGUU